AUGUGGUAUUCUCGUAUUCGUUGUCCAUUUAAAAAACUUCUCGAAUAUAACUCAAAAUACUUCUCUAAGAAUGGUUUUAUCCAAAUGAUCGAAAGAGUAUAUAUAGAUGGGGAAUUUAAUGCUGGGAGACGCUCAUUCCACAUUUAUUGCACUAAAUAUAUUACCGAAACUACUAAUAUGCAUUCUAAUCCUGUACGAAAGAAUGUGAAAAAAGAGGGAGGAGUAUCAUCACUUGGCAUUGAUAUAGUUGAUAAAAUAUAUGAGAAAUAUUAUUUUAUAUACAGUAAAGGCUUGAGCUAUUAUGAUUAUGACUAUAAACAUUCAAAUAAAAACGAAGUUAAAAAAAGGAUUGUAGUUCGCAUAAUUAACAGUGUAACAGUUCUUCAACGGGCUUGGAGGACUUACAAGUUGAGACCCGAGACAUGGGCAAGUCGAGUUUGGAAUAUUGUGAAGAAUGAUACUACUCCUAAUGAGAAAAAGUUUUUAGGUAUAACACUUCACGAUAUAAGAAUUCCUGAUAAUCAAUAUAUAUGGUAUGUUGAUCGAAAAAUUCUAGCUAAAGACAUACCUGCAUAUCAUCAGAAAUGUCGAUAUAAUAAUUAUACUUCACGCGAGUGGGCAGAAAAGAAGAAAGAUCAGUUAAAAGCAUGA